UGACAGACACACCUGGGCCAGGAAGGAGGGAGAUCAAUGGAUUAGCAGAAAGCAGCAGAGAUAAAUAUAAACAGUCACAUCCUGGGAUUUCUAGACAGCUGUAAAUCACGUUGUUGACACAGUCCAGAUUAAAUAUUCUGCAAGGGAUCCAGACAGGUUAAUUCCACCAAAUACCAGUGGUUUGCCUCCCAUGUCAUGCUUUGCAUACGAUUUACCUGUGUCCUCUGGUUAUAAACCUCGUCUGUGAUCUAAGUCAUGGAGAGUCCUGGAGUUCUGCUCAUCACAUCCAAUAUUGGCUCUAUGUCUGAUGAGCCUGGAGAGAUUGAGAAGAACUGGCUUCAAGAAUUCCAUAAGACGGUGCAGGACCACCAGCCGGCCUUCAUCGCUCUUCAUCUGCAGGAAUUUGGGGGCAAAAACUACCAGGAGAACAUGGGCUCUGCGGAACACUUGAUCAGGAAACUGAUGACGAGUGAAGAACUGUCUCAAUACGACUGCGUUCGAGCCUUCAUAGAUAACGAUUUUACCCAACCAGACAAAUUCACAGCACUUGGCUCUGUCUAUUUCAUACAUGAUUCCCUGCGUAGUGUUCAGAUCUAUGACUUUCAAGAAAGGCGGUUUGUGUCUCUCUCAGGCCAUGCGGCAUGGAUUAGUUCUCUUGAGGAUUGUCCCAAUGUGCACAAGGAGAGAUUCCCACAGGACUUCUGGACAGAGUUUGCAUGGACCCGUAAAGGAUUCAUGAGGACGCGGUGGCUGAUACACAACCGGAUGUUUGACCUUGUGAAUCUUCACUUCUUCCAUGAUGCCUCAAAUCUUGUGUCCUGUGACUCCUCUCCAUCCGUGUACAGCUCCAAUCGCAGAAGAGCGUUAUACCAUGUGCUGGCCAGGUUACAGGAUGACUCUGAUGCUCCGUUUUUCCUGUUUGGAGAUUUUAAUUUUCGUUUGGAUUUGAAAAGCCUCAUCCAGGCUCAGGGCUGGCCCCCAAGUGUCACCGGUGAGUCAGAUGGACAGAUCGUUGCAUAUGAGCAGGAUGGAGAGGUUCAACUAGUCAUGAAGAUUAAGAUGUUUGAACAUCAGAACGCAAAGAUUUUUCAGGAUGACAGUGUACAUAUGCUGCUCAGAUUUGACCAUGAACCAAUCCCCUUCUUGAAUGAACUGACAGAGGUCCAGAUCUCCUUUCCUCCCACUUACCCGUUCAGUGAAAAUGUGAUGAAACCCUCAGAGUUCAUGGGUACACGAUGCCCAGCAUGGUGUGACCGGGUCUUCAUGUCUCACACUGCUAGAGGCCUCCUGCAGAAGGGUAAAGAUGGAGAAGACUGUGUUCAGUAUGGGCGGACUGGAGGAGAUGUCUGUAUGGGGGAUCACAAGCCUGUGUUCCUCUACUUCAAAAUGGAGUCGCAAUUAGAACAGCCUGAAGAUUGACAGGUGAACUCUGUGUGCAUGGACCUUACUACCAACAGACAAGACAAGGACUUAUAUAUAUUAUAUAUAUAUAAUCAGCCAUUUAUAGAAUUGUCUGUUCCUAAAAAAAAAAAGUGUGUUUUCUGAUUGUAAGCUCUGCAGACAUCUGUUACAAAUGUAUUUUUUUUCUGUUUCAAUUUUAAUAUUUUAUUUGAAAUAUUGUUUAGAAUGCAAUUUGUAUAAAUUGCUGUUAUUGUA